AUGCCCAACCCCCUCACCCUCUACGGCCUCACACCAGUCCCCGCCUCAUCCCAAACCCUCCUAACCUCCACCCCCGCCUACCCACCCCCAAACACCGCCCCAAUCCCAAUCCUCGUCUCGGACACUCCAAUCCCUAACACCCGACUCGCAACACGCAUCAACGCCUACGCCCAGGCCCACCUGCCCCCGCCAACGUACCACCACUCCCUGCGCGUGUACCACUACGGUCUGGCGAUCAAACGGUAUCGGUUCCCGUUCCCGGACUGGGACUUUUCGGAUGAAACGUACUUUUUGGCUUGUGUGUUGCAUGAUAUUGGGACUACGGAGGAGAAUUUGAACGAGACUGAGGACCGGAUGGAUGGGGGAGAGGAGGAUGUUGCGCCGCGAGAUCAAGCGGAAAGUGUUGCGGAGGCGAUUAUUCGGCAUCAGGAUUUGUGUACUGUGGGCAAAAUUACUGCAGUGGGACAGUUGUUGCAAUUGGCGACGAUCUUUGAUAACACCGGUGCAUACGCGGAUUUGGUCCACCCGGAGACUAUCAAAGAUGUUUCAGCACAUUUCCCCCGUCUCCACUGGAGCGAUUGUUUUGCGGCUACGAUUCAUCGCGAAAAUGGGCUGAAGCCUUGGGCGCAUACUACGGCUUUGGGCGAGGAGGAGUUUCCGGCGAAAGUGUUGGGGAAUAAGCUUAUGGAGCCGUAUGAGUAG